AUGGCACUCCCAGAAUGGGUCAUUGCCGCACUUUUUGCCGAGGAGACGCAGCGGGAAGCACUUCAUGUUGCCCGGGUUGCCCACGCACCACAGGCCGGCGGCGGUGCCGGCGGCGGUGCACUCGCCUGCUGUGUCAACGCCCUUUAUGCAGCGGCCGGCGGCGGAGCACCUCAAGCCGUCAGCGCAGACCCAGAAGGGGUCCUUUCCGCAUCGGUCGCCCACCCUCACAGGCUUGAAGCACUUCUUGUUUCCGACGUUACCGACGCAGACGAGUCCCGAGCGGCAGACGUCGGUCGGGGCGUUGCACGACUUCUUCAAGCCUCUCGGGCGGGCGCACGUGCCUCUCGGGGAGCAAAUGAGCGGGGCCUGGCAGGUCCAGAAGGGGUCCUUGCCGCACUUGUCGCCCAUGAGGCGGGGCGGGAAGCAGCGCUUGUUGCCGAGGUUUCCGACGCAGACGAGGCCUGCGGCGCAGACGUCGCCGGGGUUGUUGCAGCGGGCCUUGACGCCGGCGGUGCUGGCGCAGCGGCCGACGCGCGAGCAUGUCAAGCCGUCCGCGCAGACCCAGAACGGGUCUUUGCCGCACUUCUCGUUGGCCGUGCGCUUGCGGAAGCACUUCUUGUUGCCCGGGUUGCCCACGCACGACAGGCCCGGGUAGCAGCCGGUGGGGUCGGAGUUGCACCUGCCCCCCUUGGCGAUCUGGUGGGCGGAGGUGUUGAGGACGGAGGCCGAGGCGGCGAGGGCCAGGGCGGAGAGGAGGAUGAGGAGCUUCAUUGGGCGGGGGUGGGUGGUUGGAUGGGGGUAGGGGGCGGGAUCGGCGCGGAGGGUUGUGGGAGGAUGGCGGAUGAGUGUUGGGAAGGGGAGAGACGGGGGUUUGUAUAG